CAAAGACAAGAAUCCCAAAGAAGAGAUAUGGAGGAAAGAAGACAACACAUUUUAUCCCAAAUUUUAUUACCAGCAGCAAGAGAAAGAUUAUCAAGAAUUGCAAUUGUAAAACCAGAGACUGCACGUCAAGUCGAAGAUAUUAUUAUUAAUGCUGCCCAAAGAGGCCAAUUAGCUGAAAAAGUAGAUGAUGCUAAACUUAUCUCAUUAUUAGAACAAAUGAAUGAAAAAACUAAAAAGACAACCAUUACCGUA